AUGUCUUACUAUGAGCAGUGCAAGCAGCCCUGCCUGCCGCCUCCCAUCUGCCUGCAGAAAUGCAGCCAGCGUGUGGAGCCCUGCAGCAACAUCUGCGUAAAGCCGUGCCCAACACAAUGCGUGGAGGUCUGCCAGAACCCAUGUGCUUCUGAGUCCACCACGUGCUGCAGCACCCAGUGUGUGGAGCCCUGCAGCACCCAGUGCAGCACCCAGUGCGUCACCCAGUGCGUGGAGCCCUGCAGCACCCAGUGUGUCACCCAGUGUGUGGAGCCUUGCAGCACCCAGUGCAGCACCCAGUGUGUCACCCAGUGUGUGGAGCCUUGCAGCACCCAGUGCACCACUCAGUGUGUGGAUGUCUGUCCCCCUACGUGCAUUGAUGCCUGCAUCAAGCCCUGUGCCACCCAGUGCUCCACGCAGUGCCCCGUUCCAUGUGUGGAGCAGUGCAGCACCCAGUGCAGCACCAAGUGUGUGGAGCCCUGCCCAGCACCAUGUGUGGAGGUGUGCACCAAGAAGUGUGUAGAUACAUGCGAGACCGUGUGCCUGGAGCCGUGCGGCACCGUCUGCACUCGUCCAUGCUAAUUGCCUUCAUUGCAUGGGCCUUGCGGGCACCCCCAAUGCUUUGGUGUAUUGCAAUAUCUGCUGGCUCGUGAGAACCCAGGGAAUGAAAUACAGAUGACAGACCUACCUUCAAUGUAUCAAAACCUCUCUCUGUUAACCCAUGCUUUCUUUGACUUGGAAAAUAUUUCUCUGCAUUUUUCUUCUUGUAUCUCUUCUUCCUGUGCUACAUCUGCAAUCUCAGCACUUUUUUCUUGGUAACUGCAGUUGGCUAAUC